AUGGCGCCAUCACAGGAACAACAAAUCAUCAAUCAGCUCCAAUCCAAUUGGAUUUGGAUUCCCGACUGGAUCGAUUCUUCCAAAGAAAACACCGCCGCGCGCAUCGUCACAUUCAGUCGCAAGUUUACUCUCCCAUCUCAACCAAACCGAGCGCUCCUCCACUUCACAGCCGACACGCGAUACAAGCUCAUCAUCAAUGGUACCCGAGUAGCUGUUGGCCCAGCCCGAGGCAGUCCGUUGAUUUGGUAUUAUGACUCGCUCGACAUUGCUCCGCACCUCAAACAAGGCGAUAAUGAGAUCUCCUUUGUGGUGAUCCGUUACUUUGCGGCUUCUCGGGGUGGAAUGCCUUUUGAGCGAACCGCUUUCCCUGGAUUGACUGUUAUCGGUAGUGUUGAGUCGGAGGGGCAGUCUAUCAGUCUUGACUCUCGGGAAGGCUGGUUGGCUGAAGAGGAUAACUCGAUCCUGUUUCCAAUGGGAAGACCGGAUGAUGUCUUCCUUCAUAUCAACGAACAUAUUGUCCCUAGCCCUGCCAAAGAGAAAGUCACACCAGUACCAUACAAUAUCAAGACACUCAACGGAGAGCUUCCGCCAUGGCGUCUUCGAUCCCGCGUGAUCCCCACUCCAGAUCAAACUCCUGCCAUUGUCAACACCGUCAGAAAGAACGUCGGAAGCUCGAUCUCUGAUGACUGGGUUGCAUACCUCUCUCGUCAGCGUCCUCUCAUUCUGGCAGCUGGAUCCUCACAUACGCUCGAGGUCCAAGCGGAUGUGCAUUCAACGGCAUUUCUGCGCUGGACGUUCAAAGCGGCGCAAAAGAGCCAGAUCAGAUUGAAGAUUACUUACAGCGAAGGUUACGAACACGAACCGCGCUCUUAUCCAUUCUUUAGGUCAAAGUCUGACCGCCUGGAUGCCACCAAUGGCCAUAUCAUAGGUCCUUACGAUGACAUUACCCUUGACCUACCAGCGUCGCAGACCGUGGUGUACGAACCAUUCUGGUUUAGGACAUUUCGCGUUAUGCAAUGGGAGAUCACAGCCGGGGCCGAACCCGUCGAGCUAUCCUCUUUUGAUGCGACUCAAGUCAAUUACCCCCUUGCAGUCAAAGCAAGCUGGGAGGACUCAGGAGACAAGGACGCUAAACAAAUAUGGGACGUUUCCAUCAGGACAAUGAGAAAUUGCAUGUUUGAUGGUUACUCAGAUUGCCCGUUCUAUGAGCAACUCCAGUACUCAGGCGAUUCUCGCUCCGUCGGUCUAUUUCACUAUCUCCUCUCUGGUGACGACAGAUUGAUGAGGCAAACAAUCACCAACUUUGCCGCAUCCGUGGCGCCCGAGGGCUUAACACAGUCUCGCUUCCCCUCCCACGUACCGCAGAUCAUCGCUGGUUUCUCAUUAUACUGGGUCCUCCAAAUCUGCGAUCACCAUCUCUACUUCGGAGACACAGCAUAUACGCGGUCAUUCCUCCCUCGAAUCGACGGUGUCUUUGAGUACUUCGAGUCUCACAUUGAUGACUUAGGUCUCGUUAGCGGAUUUCCAGAAGAUGUAUGGCAAUAUGUCGACUGGGUAACUUCGUGGGGCGCAACAGAGACGCACCCUGACAAGGGAGUUCCAACAUCUGGGCGGGAAUCGAAUCGACAUACGUAUUUCAGUAUGCUUUACGCUUAUGUCCUGAAGCAGGCUGCUCGGUUGGUACGAGAUGUCGGUCGGCCUGGAUACGCGGACGAGUACGAAACCCGCGCGGCAUCCGUAAUUAAGGCUUUGCGGACUCAUUGCUUCGACGGGAAGUUCUUCACGGAUUCGACGGCUGAUAUCGCGGGCGAUGGAGCCCACUCGCAGCAUUGUCAAGUAUUCGCCGUCCUCAGCGGCGCCGCAAACCCUGAGGAACGACAAGGCCUUCUGAAAGAGUCAUUCUCCGAUCCAACCUUUUCCAAAUGUUCCUAUGUCAUGAUGUUCUAUGCUCUACGUGCAUUCGCUCUCGCUGGCGACGAUGUCUACGAGUCAGCAUGGAGAACUGUUUGGGACCCUUGGCGAAAGAUGUUGGCAAACAACCUUACAACCUGGGAAGAGGACGACGUUCGGCAGCGCUCAGAUUGUCAUGCUUGGGGCAGUGUUCCUAUCUACGAGUAUUGUACCGAACUUGCUGGUCUACAUGUCAUAGCCCCAGGGUCAAGCAAGAUCUUGUUUUCGCCGAGGCUGAACUUGAGUCGAGAUUUGAGGGCAAAGGUAGCGCUUGGUUCAAGUAACACUGCUAUAGUAUCUUGGAGUGUUCAGGAUGGUGGAAACAAGAGGGUCGAAUUGCGGCUUGAGUCGCCCGUUUGGGUUGUAAGCAAGUUGCCUGGCGGAGAGGAAAAGGACUGCGGUGUGAUUGAUCACCUCACAUUGAGUUUCUAG